AGACUAGAUUUUUACCAUUUUUGACUGGAUCCACUACUACUGUGUAGUCUGUGUCUAUCUUCUCUUCAUCGUCCGACAGCAGCCCAACAACUGUAGCUCUCGCGCCUUGAUUACUGUCACUUUCACACCAUCGCCAGUUUCUGCGCCGAGAAGCUUCAACAACUGUAUUUCAUUGAUUUCACUCCAAUACCCAUGAUCUAAUCUAAACAAACACAGACCCCUUUUAAAGCCAACGUCCAAAUCACAAUGAUUCCCAUCAUUUUCUCCAUCUGUAAGCGUCAAUGAUCCGCCCCGUAUGAUCACCACCGUGAGAUCUACGGUCGUACCCGCGGAUACCUUCGCGAUCAAGACCUUGCCAAGGCUCCGCCGCCCUUCCUCGGUCUGUUUCAGUCAAGGAUUCCGCUUCGAUUUGGAUCGAAAAAUGGAUCUGAUUGGAAAAUUUGGUGAGGGCUGCUUCUUCAUGGUUCGUCCAACAAAGGAUUCUUUAAGCCAGGGCGAAGUUUUGUUCGAUCCGGCCUCUGUUGAAGCUAAAGUCCCGCCCCAACAUCUUGUUAUAAUGGUCAAUGGUAUUAUUGGAAGUUCUGCUGAUUGGAAAUAUGCUUCUGAGCAAUUUGUGAAGAUGCUUCCAGAUAAAGUGAUUGUUCACCGCAGUGAAUGUAAUUAUUCAAAGUUGACACUUGAUGGUGUAGAUCUGAUGGGUGAGAGACUAGCUAAAGAGGUAUUAUUCGUUGUUGAACAUUGGCCCGAUGUUAAAAAGAUAUCGUUUGUUGCACAUUCAUUGGGAGGACUUGUUGCCCGUUAUGCUAUCGGAAGACUGUAUGAACAUCAGCCUUGUUAUAGUAAUGAUAAUGAAGGUAGAAUUGCUGGAUUGGAACCAAUCAACUUUAUAACAUUUGCAACACCACAUCUUGGUUCUAGAGGACAUAAACAGCUUCCUUUCCUUUGUGGUCUUCCAUUUCUGGAAAGAAGAGCUCCCCAAACUGCACAUUUGAUUGCUGGUAGAUCGGGGAAACAUCUUUUCCUCACAGACAAUGAUGGAACACCUCCACUUCUCCUUAGGAUGGUUUCUGACUCACAUGAUCUCAAAUUCAUUUCUGCUUUACGCGCAUUUAAGCGACGUGUGGCAUAUGCAAAUGUUAACUACGAUUAUGUCGUUGGUUGGAGAACUUCAUCAAUCCGUCGACAACAUGAACUUCCACAGCCAAAUCUACUGAUGAAGGAUAAGAAAUACCCACAUGUUAUGUAUGUUGAGCAAGGCAAUCUAAAGCAUAUAAACACAAAAAUUGAAACACAUGCCAUUGAUUUGGAAGAGGAGAUGAUAAGAGGGCUGAACGAAGUUCCUUGGGAGCGAGUCGAUAUUAGCUUUCAUGAGAGUAGUCAGCGAUAUGUUGCCCAUACUACUAUACAGGUGAAGAGCUAUUGGUUGAACUCAGAUGGUGCUGAUGUUGUUUUGCAUAUGAUAGAUAAUUUCAUGCUCUAGUUAUUAGCAAAUUUGUAUGUUGUCAUUGCUGCUAAUUUGUCUUUAGGUUAUAGUUAGACUUUGGUUUGUUUCUUUUGUUUCAUUUGUACUGUUAUGAAAUUAUUUGUACAUAGGAUUUUAGAAUCUAUACAUUGUUCCUACACUAACUCGUUAAGGUAGUUCAUGUAUAAAUAAGUUGGCAUAAGA